AUGCCUCCUACACGCUCAUUGCUUUCCUCAGAGUUCUCGACUUCAGACAGCGACAGCAGCCCAUCACCAACACCUCGCAAAAACAAGGACCUGUACAAAGUGUUGUCAAAGACAGUGCACCAAUGCUGGAUCAAGCUCAAUGAUGCACCACUCGCACCUUUCCUCGCUGCUGCCAGAUGGAUUCCACAGUCGAUCAGCUCAUUUAUCGACAUAAGUAGUGCUUUUUACUCAUCCAUAAAGGACUUGCAUGUGGCCCAGAACAUGCAGGUGUAUCACACCAUCAUGGAUGUGAAGCUCGGCAUAUCCGAUGUGCACGUGUGCUAUGAGAAGGCACCAGAUAGACUGCGUGAGCUCUUGCGACAGGUCUACAAGCAUAUUUUCAUGGAACCAGGUUCAAUAUUCGGCACCACGUCAAGUUGCGGCGCCAAGGCUCCUAUCAGCAAGAAGAAUGGCCUCGAAGCUGCCACCGAGGUGACGAUCGCAUAUGCGGCCCACUUUGUAUUAAGCAAGCAAGCAAAAUGGGGGCCAUGCGAUGGGAAUUUCAACAACGAGCAGUUUUUCGAAGCAAUCCUAGCACUAUUCGAGGAUCCCGAAUGGGCCAAAGAAACAUUAGACUACUUUACCAAGGAGGUUUUCAAGGGUCGAGACAAGAAGAAGAAAACAGUGACAGUAUCAAUGAUGAGCCUGCAGGUGCUCAGAGAGAUGCACGCUGCAUGUAAUCCUCCUCCUGCUGGAAAUGACGGCCAUGCCGCAUCUGGCGACCAUGAGGAGGGCAUUAACAAUUGUGAACUGGAACAUGAUGAAGGAACAGGACCACUACCUCGUGAGGAUCUACUUGGUGCAUGUCAUCCGGACGUACUCAUUGUCAUGGGGCGUACCAAGAGGUUCAAGAAGUGCAAGCAUGUGGAUGAUGCUGAUGAGGACACUGCACAUGAGAAGACAUUCAAAGAUAAGACUCAGAGCAAGAAGAAAAAGGAGAAGCUUAUGAAGGAAUCGGCGGGUGUUCGAGUCAGCCUGCAGCAUUCCUCACGGCGCUCAUCGCUGGAGCACUAG